UCUAAUCCCACUUUGUAGCAUCAACUACGCACAGUAAGUUUGCAUGUCGCUGCGAGCGUUCGUGUUAAAAUUAAAAUCCAAAACGGUAACCGACUCAGCUCGUAAUCGCGUCGAGUGCGUUUGACUAAAACGCGAACUUUUUCAAACUGCAAAUAUAAUUCAGCAACGACGAAAACGUUGCGUAGAGAGAGAGAGAGAGAGAGAGAGAGAGAGAGAGAGAGAGAGACAGAGACACAGAGAGAGAGAGAGGAUGAAUCAAAAGUAAUAAAAGGAGCUAAGUCUCAGGAUUAAAUGUAAAUUUGUCGCACGAACUGUAAUCAAAUCGAAUCAAAUUAAUACCUCUGAGAAAUUUUAACUAUAAAAUUUAGUUGAUAGUAAAAGUUGAUCUAGUUGCGCAGCACGAAUAGUUCCACCUCUGAUGCGAGAUAAAUCAGAUAAAUAAAGAUAAGUAAGACGAUAAGUGCGAUCAAUAAUGUGUGUUGGGUCAGUCCUAUGAUUGUCUCGUUGAACUGGAGUUUUACACGAGCAGAAGGUUGAAAAAGGACACGAAAAUGCAGCUGAAAGGAUUGAGACAGCUCGUUCGUUAUAUGCAGAGUAAAGAAAAUAUAUUGGUUGAGGCCAAAAGCAAACUACAAUUUUAAUUAGAUCAACAAUGCUUUUUCUCUCAAUAUACAAAAAGCAAGGAUUUACGGUACACGACGUCUCGAGGCGAGAUUAAUUCUCAAGGAAGCAUGAUCUAUCACGGUACAACGUGUAUGGAGAAUAUCAUACGUCGACGCCAAUGCACAUAAACCACAAAGGCGAAAUGUGAUGAAGCAUCAAUCAUGAAUGCCGUUAGCCGUACGAGCGAUAAAAAUGCAAUACAGAUUUUGCACUCGAUAAAUCCCUCGAAUAUCGUUUGUCAUUAUGGAACCUCGUCUAUUAUUGUAACCGAUAGAAAUUGACGAUCCCUAAGAAUGUGUAUGUGUGUUCCCCAUAUCAAUACUCAAAGUUAAGAUACGACAUUUAGGCACGACAUUUUUCCAAACAACCAUAUUAUAUUCUUAUAAGUAAGAUUUCUCUGCAAAAUCAUGCAUUACAAAUUCGUUACAUGCUGUAUAAAAUCCAACUUUCUGUGUUUCUAGUAAUGAAAUUACUGGCUUCCAUGCGAUUCGCGUGCAAUAACGCUGUCUGCGUUUGCAAAUUGCAUCAAUAAUAGAAAUAAUAGGACCUGCAGUGCUGUACUUAUAACUGAACCACCAGUUAUGAGUAUAGCAUUUUAAUGAAGAAUACAUUGACUUGCACUUUAGAUAUUCCUCCAUACUUAUACAGAAUAUCCGCUAACUCACGGAGGAGCCGUGAUGUAAACUAGGUCAAACAAAACAAAAAAUUUCUUUACUAUUUUACAAACAACCAAGUAAAAUUUUGUUAUUAAUUCAAGAAGAUUUGUGAAUGAUUACACGCUAUACGCUAAAUAAGCUGUGAUAGCGACGUUCGCCGCUGUAUAAUUGUAUAUUACACUCAGAGAAAUUAUCUGAUAAAAAAAUUUUAAAAAUUACACUGAAAGAAAUUAUCCGAUAAAAAAUUAACAAACAAAUAUUUCCAAUCAAUUUUUAUAUCCCAUUAGGAUAUUCAAUUAAAUUUUAUCUAAUACUUCCGAUAAUGACAUUUUGUCAAAUAAACCGAUCAAAAAAUUACCGAUAUUUCUCAUCGGAUACAAAAAUUCAUCGGUACUUUGAUGGAAAAUAUUUGUUUGUUAAUUUUUUAUCAGAUAAUUUCUCUCAGUGUAAGUCAAACUGAACAACAAAGUCAUUUUCCAAAUAACUACGUAGACGUUUAGUUAUUAAUGAAAGUAGAUUGAUGCAUUAUCACGCACAACUGUAUACUAAUCUUCUUUAAUUAAUAACUAAACGUGGUCAUUUGGAAAAUGUAUGUACUAGUGGACUUUUUUGUUCAAUUGAUCUAAUAUACAAAUAUACAGCGGCAUCACAGCUCAUCUACCAUAUGGCGCGUGAUUAUUCACGAAUCUUCCUUGAUUAAUGACUUAGAAUUUUACGUUGUUGCUCGCAAAAUGGUAGAGAAAAUUUUGUUCAGUUUGAUCUAUCUAUACACCACCACUUCUCUGUGAGUUAUCAGACAUUCUGUAUAAUAACUAUGCUAAGUUACAACACAAAUUACAGUGUCUUUCCAGGAGAAUUUCUGAAUUUGCUUUGUUUCCAAACACAUAUAAAGGUGAAAAGCUUAUAAAACGAGUAAAAGAUCGUACUUCUCACGUUAUUCCGUUAUCGAUUGUGGGUUUCGUAUCACAGAUAUUUCCUUACUUUUUCUUCCAUUUGCUUUCUUCCUAUAUUUUUAUCUUUCAAAUAUAUUCCAAUAAUUCUUCGGCCAAAUAUCUCCAACGCGACAACGCCGUUGUAAAUGGCGGAGGUAAGACAAGGCGCACAACAGAAAGAGAGAGUGAAUGAGAGCGAAGAGCAGGGGAGGGCGAGGGGUGCGACGGAGAACGAACGAGGAAACGGUUGCCCAUAAAAGAUGAGAAUGUGGUAUCGAUUUUUCGCUCGAUAAAUCGCCAGAAUAUCGUUCGCUUUGAACGAAUGCCGCGCUACCGAACUCCGCACGGCGCACGAGAUAAAAAUCCAGCGGGUUAAACGCCGGCAACGACAGUAAUCGCGCGCCGAAAGACACUUUAUCGAUUUACACAGCCGUGUGCGCGCAGCUUCGUCCGUCCGAAAGGAGAAGAAACUAAAACAGCACGACGACCAUUUUCGAAAAAUAGCUCGUAACGCGCUCGUCUCGGCCGGAUCCAAAGAUCGCGCGUUCCUAUUUCUUCCUUCGCUUCUUCACCUUUACAAGCUUCGAUUUUUGUAACGUCACGAAGCCAGGUGUAGCCUUCGCGUGCGUAGAGGCGAGCGGACGAGCGAGAGAAACCGUCUGCGUUUUUAACUAUGAUCGCGUUCAGCGGAGAAAACUGCUUUGCAACUGCCGUCAAUUUCGUGAAUCUGGUUAUAGCACACGCUCUUAGAUUCCGCCAAGAAUAUUAUUAUUAUUAUAAUUAAGGGCGUAUGCGCCAAUCAGAUUCGCAAGUUGUUUUUCAACAGUUGCAAGGCAGCUCUCUCUGCUGAACACAGUCUAUGUUUCCUCGUGAGCGCGCGUCAUUUUAUUGUCGUGACAGAUUCUUACGUUCGAUCGGUGCGAAGAGAGCUUAUCGCGAAGAUGUCCUCGCCGCGCGCUGGUGACUUCCGCGACCCGAACAAAAGCAUUCUCAGAGCGGAGAAGUGGCGAACCCGAGGAGAUCUCAAGUGGUCACUCGGAUCGAACGCGUUUGGACGUUUCGCGCUGCCGUUUUGCCUGCUGAGUCUCGUGGUCCCGAGGAUAAACGCACGUCCGGCUUGUCCCGGCAUGGAAAUAUCAGAAGACAACGACAUAACGUGUGACAUCGUACGUGACAUUCUCGACACCCACAACAGGAUACGUCAGUCUAUCGCCGAAGGAUCAAUUAAUGCUCAACCACCUGCCGCCAAUAUGCGCGAGCUGUAUUGGGAUUCCGAGCUUGCAUCCGGCGCUCAAGACUGGGCGAAUCAAUGCAUCUUCGACCACAACGAUGCGAAAAAGAGGGAAGUCGCGAGAUUCCCGGUCGGCCAGAAUAUCGGCUUAGUGAAGUCAACGCGAAAGAAUGGCGACACCGCGAAGAUCGAUUUUCCUAAGCAGAUUCAUAAUUGGUUCGACGAGCACAACGUAUACCAGUUUGGCGCAAUUGACGAGAAACUCUUACCAGUAACUGGUCAUUACACUCAGCUCGCUUGGGCGACGACUUAUUUAAUCGGAUGCGGAUAUUCCCGUUAUAAAGCAUCGAAUCACACAACUUACCAGCUCUACGUCUGUCAUUAUGGGCCAACUGGCAACGAAAUUGGCAAGCCACCAUACAGCAUAGGCAACCGCAGCUGUGACCAGCUUUUGGAAACUUCGAGCGCGUAUCCUAACAUCUGCGGAAUCAAGGAUCCACCAACGAGUUGUUCCGGAAAUGGAAACAAAGAAGUCUAUAAUAACGAACAUGUUGUGAGCGGUCGUAGGUUUUUAAAUAACGCACAUCGUAAGGCACAGCCAGAAAAUAUCGCACGCGACGAUAUGAAGAAGCAACUUGUUCAUUAUUCUGACAGCACAUACGUGAAUUACUCUCGUCACGAAUACUUUGCACAACAAGAUAGUAUUGUAUUAAUAUUUGAUUGAUUCCUAAUGACAGACAGCUAAUUUGACAUAUCAUUCAACUCUGGCAUUAAUGUACAUCUCCUCUCAAACGUGUAUUUUUGUUAGAACUUGUACUCUAACUUUGACGACUCAAUUACAUCGUCCAUAUCCAAUAAACAAAUCUAAUAUGUAUUCCCAGAAAAAUUUAGCAGAAGGAAUUUAUUUUUCGCAAUACUUUCGUUUAUUAUCCGUUAAAAAUCUAUUAGCCGUUAUUUGUUUAGCCGUUAAAAAGUCAACAACUCGAAAAUAUCAAAUUAUCUUGUGUAUUUAUUAAAUUAACUGCACCUACAAGUUGCUUAUAUGUAAAAAGCGUACAAACGCAAAAUAAAGCUGCUUUCUAUUGA